AUAUAUAUAUUUUUUUUCUUUGAAGAAGAUGAAGCAAGCUAUUCUUUCAUGGUCUCAUUUUCUUCCCUCAUUAUCACCAACCUGCACUUUCCCAAAACCCCAAAAAACCAUUUCCUUAAGGGUAUAUGCAACUGUAGAGUCAUCACCUAAGGAAAAUAUAUUAACUGCUAAAGAAAGAAGGCAAUUAAGAAAUGAAAGAAGAGAAAGCAAAGCAGGUUAUAAUUGGAAAGAAGAAGUAGAAGAAAGACUUAUAAAGAAACCAAAGAAACAAUAUAAGUCUUGGACUGAAGAACUUAAUCUUGAUAAUCUUGCUAAAUUGGGUCCUCAAUGGUGGGUUGUUAGAGUUUCAAGAGUUACUGGUCAUGAAACUGCUGAAAGGAUGGCAAGAUCUCUUGCAAGGAACUUUCCUAAUAUAGAUUUUCAGGUAUACAUUCCAUCUGUACAGGUCAAAAGGAAAUUAAAGAAUGGAUCACUUUCAGUUAAACCGAAACCCCUUUUCCCAGGAUGUGCAUUUUUGAGGUGUGUAAUGAACAAGGAAAUACAUGAUUUCAUUCGAGAAUGUGAUGGAGUUGGAGGCUUUAUUGGAUCCAAGGUUGGAAAUACAAAGCGGCAGAUCAAUAAACCCAGACCUGUAGACGAGGAUGACCUGGAAGCCAUAUUCAAACAAGCGAAGGAAGAACAAGAGAAAGCUGAUCAAGCUUUUGAAGAAGAAGAACAAGGAGAAGGAGGUUUAGAUUCCAAGCUGACAAAAGAUUCUAGUAUAGCUCCCACUGACGACAAAGUUGUGCCCAAAAAACGAGGAAGGCAAUCGAAAAAAGCUUUAGACCUGCUUGCAGUUGAUGCGUUGAGAGGAUCAGAUGAUAAAUCUUUACUACCAGGAUCAACUGUUGAAGUUGUGUCUGGAGCCUUUGCAGGAUUUUCAGGGAUUCUUAAGAAGGUUGAUAGCAAGGAAGGAUUGGCAACUGUUGGAUUUACUCUGUUUGGCAAGGAGACUCUAGCUGAUAUAGAUGUCAAAGAAAUUGUAGCAGAGGUUGGCUGACCUGUUUAGGCUGCUGAUACUUUUUUAUCUGAGACGGGACGAGCAAAAUAUUAUGAUGAGUCAAUAGUAGGCAGCGGGAUACUAGAGCAAAGGUCUACAACGGAUUAAGCUGAUUUGCCUAGGGGAUUCCAGAGUUAACUUGAGCAUCAAACUGCUGCAAUUUUAACUUUGAUGCAACUAAAUUGAGGUGCUAAUCUCUAACGUAAAAUCUUGAUGAGGGUAUUGUUGCUGCAGAACGAAUAUUUGGGUACAGAUCAAAUGUUUGUAUGAAGCUAUUUUGAAGUUAUCAAAUAACCCAAGGAAAAAAGAAUGAGAAAUCUUUUUUUGCAUCUUCCAAAAAAUGGGAGUUGUCUUGUAGCAUUAUUUUUCCUUGUGGAUGAACAAAAUCUUGUUUUUCCAAUGUGGAGUUGCUCUGUAUCAUUGAAUUUGUUAUAGGUAUCGAAUCUCUUUAAUCAAAGGAAUUAGAGAAUGUUAUUACAUUUAA